CCCGGCCAUGGGCGACCGCGGCGCGCUGGUGGGGGGGGCCCGGCGGCGGCGCGGGGGGGGCUCGGCGGCGCGGUCCGGACCCGCUCCGGGCGACGGCGGCGGCUGCGAUGACCCCGGUGGAGACUUCAGGUGUCACAAGGUGCAGGAAUCUCUGCUGAGCUCGGCCAGUGGCUACAGCAACUACCGGGGCAUCCUCAACUGGUGUGUGGUGAUGCUGGUCUUGAGCAACGCUCGGCUCUUCCUGGAAAACCUCAUCAAGUACGGGAUCCUGGUGGACCCCAUCCAGGUGGUCUCCCUCUUCCUCAAAGACCCCUACAGCUGGCCCUCCCUCUGCCUGGUCAUUGUAGCCAACGUCUUUGUGGUGGUGGCCCUGGCCCUGGAGAGACGGCUGGCUGCGGGCUCCCUCUCGGAGGGCACAGGGACUGCCCUGCAUGCCCUCAACCUCCUGGCCAUCCUCUGCUUCCCUGCCGGCGUCGUACUCAUGGUCACCUCCAUCACCCCAGUGGGAGCAGUCUUCGCCCUGGCCAUCUACACUGUCAUCUUCCUCAAGCUCUUCUCCUUCAGGGAUGUCAAUAAGUGGUGUAGGGAGAGGAGGGAGGUGAAAACACAGGGGCCCGGAAAGCCAACGGGCGGAGGUGGGGGAAGAGUGGGGGUCACCUACCCGGCCAACCUCACCUACAGAAAUCUCUACUACUUCCUCUUUGCGCCCACCCUGUGCUACGAGUUGAACUUUCCCCGCUCCCCCCGUGUCCGCAAGCGCUUCCUUCUCCGGCGCCUCUUUGAGAUGCUCUUCUUCAUCCAGCUGCUGGUGGGGCUGAUCCAGCAGUGGAUGGUGCCCACGAUCCAGAACUCCAUGAAGCCCUUUCGGGACAUGGAUUAUUCCCGGAUCAUCGAGCGGCUCCUGAAGCUGGCUGUCCCCAACCACCUUAUCUGGCUCAUCUUCUUCUACUGGUUCUUCCACUCUUGCCUGAAUGUGGUGGCUGAAGUGAUGCAGUUUGGGGACCGGGAAUUUUACAGGGACUGGUGGAACUCUGAGUCGGUGACCUAUUUCUGGCAGAACUGGAACAUCCCAGUGCACAAGUGGUGUCUCAGGCACUUCUACAAGCCCUUGCUGAAGUGGGGGGCCAGCAAGUGGGCAGCCCAGACGGCUGUUUUCCUGGCGUCUGCCUUCUUCCACGAGUACUUGGUGAGCGUCCCCCUGAAGAUGUUCCGGCUCUGGGCGUUCAUGGGGAUGGCAGCUCAGAUCCCACUGGCCUGGUUCGUCUCCAAGUUCCUCAGGGGUAACUACGGGAACGCGGCAGUCUGGAUGUCCCUGAUCAUCGGGCAACCCAUCGCUGUCCUCAUGUACGUGCACGAUUACUACGUGCUCAACUAUGAAGGCAACCAGUGAGGCGGGGGCCCGCCCCCCGUGCUGCCCCACGGCGCAGGGGGCACACCGUCCCCCAGACCCUGCCAGCACCCGGGUGCCACCGCUGUGGGUGGCUGCCUUGCACCUUCUUCUGUGUGUAGGGAGUAGCCCGGCAGGCGUUACUGUCCUUGUGAUUUGAAUGUUGGAUCAAUGCAAUAGCCCCCGGGGGGGACAGGACCCCCACUCUGCCCUGGGGACGGUGUGGCCAGGGCAGGGGGGACGCAGGAGCUGAGUCCACCCAGCCCCUAGCUGUUCUGGGGCAUGGCUGCUCCUCAGCCCCCAGCUUUAAGCAGAGCCUCCUCUGCGUUAAGGCACUUUAAAGGACUGGCCCCUGGCCUGUAACUGUCCCCCGGGUCCCUGUCACACUCCCUCGGGGGGCUCUUGUCCUGGCCCUGGUGCCACCAGAGGCUCUGGGUCCCGUGCACAAUCCCUGCCUGGAGCUCAGUGGCACGGCGCCAGCUGUCAGCCCUGCCUGCUCCGUCCUUGGGCCUCUGCCCAUGGCCCUGCCCUCUCCUUGGAGCAGGGCUUCGGGCCCUGCUGCUGCCUCCCCUGGCCUUGCUCUGGGCUCACUCAGCCCCUUUUUAACCCUUCCAGAUUGUAUCUGUCAAAUACUGAGUGAUUAAAGUGUCUUUUUUUUUUUUU